GAAGUAACUUUCACUACUCUGUCUCAGUCAGUUCUUUCAUGGCCGUAUGACCGAGCAACCAACUACACUAAAGAUGAAAAUAACUGUUAGUUCUUUUUAGUUAUAUUUUAGUUUGUGUUUAGUGAUGGCUGCUACACGUUCAGUGAACAUUUUGUUUUGUUCUGUGAUAUUUUCGGUUCUAUUUAUCUUAUUUUUCGCCGCCAGAACAGAUGGAGAGAAAACGUCGAAAAAAGAAAACAAAGACAGAAAACAGUUUAGUUUUACAGAAAAACAGAGAUAUGAUGGGUGGUUCAACAAUUUGGCCCAUCCUAAUUGGGGAGCUAUCGACAGUCACAUGACCCGCAAAACUCCCCCAGCCUAUUCGGACGGGGUCUAUAUGCUAGCGGGUGAAGACAGACCGAGUCCCAGAAAGCUGAGUCAGCUUUUUAUGAAGGGAGACGAUGGCCAACAGAGUUCUAAAAAUCGGUCUGCUCUGCUUGCGUUUUUUGGUCAAGUAGUAAGUUCAGAGGUAGUGAUGGCGAGUGAGUCAGGAUGUCCAAUCGAAGUACAUAGAAUUGAGAUCGAGAAAUGUGACGAGAUGUAUGACCCCGAGUGUGAGGGAGGAAAAUCUAUUCCUUUCCACAGAGCGGGCUAUGACAGGAAAACAGGGCAGAGUCCCAAUAAUCCAAGGGAACAAUUAAACAGAGUUACCAGCUGGAUAGACGGCAGUUUCAUCUACAGCACAAGUGAGGCAUGGAUUACAGCGAUGAGGUCCUUCGAGAACGGAACCCUUCUUAGUGAUGCCUCAGGGAAGUUACCUGUUAAGAAUACUAUGAGGGUGCCACUAUUCAACAACCCUGUACCAAAUGUACUCAGGACUCUGAGUCCUGAACGAUUAUUUUUACUUGGUGACCCGAGGAGCAACCAGAACCCGGCUCUUCUCUCGUUCGGCAUCCUUUUCUUUCGCUGGCACAACAAGGUGGCUGAAAGAGUGCAGAAGGAACACCCAGACUGGCCUGAUGAAGAGGUCUUCCAGAGGGCUAGGAGGAUUGUCGUCGCUACACUGCAGAACAUAAUAAUGUACGAAUACCUGCCAGCUUUCCUGGGUCAGGAGCUGCCUCCGUACAGCGGCUACAACGUGGACACGCAUCCAGGCAUCAGUCACGUGUUUCAGUCGGCUGCAUUUCGCUUUGGCCACACUAUGAUACCACCCGGCAUCUACCGCAGGGAUGCCAACUGUCAGUUCAGGAAGACAUCCAUGGGCAACCCUGCUCUCAGGCUGUGUUCUCAUUGGUGGGAUAGCAGUGACGUAAUGGUAGACACCACCCUGGAGGAGAUGAUGAUGGGGAUGGCGUCCCAGCUGGCAGAGAAGGAGGACACCAUUUUGUGUUCGGAUGUGCGAGACAGGCUGUUCGGACCUAACGAGUUCUCCCGAAGAGAUCUGGGUGCUCUCAACAUCAUGAGGGGCCGUGAUAAUGGGGUGCCUGACUACAAUACUGUAAGAUCAAGUUUCCGCCUCUCCCGCCAUAAAACGUGGAGUGAAAUCAACCCCGACCUUAUGGAGAAAGACCCCGAACUCAUGGAGGCUCUGAAGGCAGCUUAUGGUGAAGACGUGGAUAACAUAGACUUGUACAUUGGAGGCAUGCUGGAAUCCAAGGAUGGACCUGGAGAACUGUUUUCAGUAAUCAUCAUGGAACAGUUCCAGAGACUCAGAACGUCUGACCGGUUCUGGUUCGAGAAUGUCGAUAACGGCAUCUUCACAGCAGAAGAAAUAGCAGAGCUGCGCAAAGUGAAACUGUGGGACAUAAUAGUGAAUGCCACAGAUGUCCCCCCCGAAGCAAUACAGAAGAACGCUUUCUAUUGGGUGGCGGGGGACCCGUGUCCACAGCCUGGUCAGCUCAAUGCCAGCCAAUUGGAGCCAUGCUCUUAUCUCAAGGGAUAUGACUAUUUCGAAGGAAGUGAGCUGGCCUACAUCUACGCAUGCGUGUUUCUGGGGUUUGUCCCCUUGAUUUGUGGUGGGGCGGGGUACGGGGUCAUCAAACUGCAGAAUAAGAGAAGGAGGCAACUACGGAUGAAGCAAGAGGAGAUGAGGACAGGUCAGAAGGGACCCAGUGCCACCGUCGAGAAGAUGAAUGUCAGAGAAUGGUUACAUGCCAACCAUAGGAGACUAGUGAAGGUACGGUUUGGCCCAGAGGCCAAUCUCUAUACAGUGGACAGAAAAGGGGAGAGACUGAGAUCUGUUUCUUUCAAAAAUGGAGACACCAUCACUGUCGAAGAAUCACAGAUACCAGACAGAGGUGGCGCGAGGGGUAAGAGACCACUGGUCCUAGUUCGAGUACCACGUGACCACGAUUUGGUGCUAGAAUUUGAUUCGCUCUCCGCCAGAAGAAAAUUUGUAUCUAAACUGGACUCCUUCCUCACAUCUCACAAGAAACAUUUGGUUACAUUACAGGUUAGUAUUACAAACGUUCUCUAA